AUGAACUGGACAGCGCUCGAUCUUCAUUCUAAAAAGCACAAGAAUUUCGGCGAGCUCGGGCAGUCGACGAGCUCUGUUCCCUUUUCCGGUAACAUUCUUGAAAUUCUCUUGCUGGCCUUUCACGACCUCCACCGGGAACACGCACCCGACUGUCGACGGGUCCUCGGUCACAACCUGUCCAAGCCCAUUGAACUUACACGCCCUUUCAUCCUGGAAAAAUGCCUGGAAAUACAUGUUGAACGCGUACGACACGUUCUGCCACCUGUCGAGCCCGCUGCACGACCCCUUGGGGUACAUGCUCGUGCAAUCCCCCGUCGCGCACGCAAACAAGUACGCCUCCUCCACCUUCAUGUCGUCUUCGUCCUCCGUGGGCCCAAGCACGCACCACCGAUGAGGCAUUUGCUUGAUCCCGCGGGCUCGGGCCGGGAACAUAACCCGGCCAUGGCCCGUGAGGUCGACCCGGUUCUCGUCCGUGAGCGCGUGCAAGUAGAUGUCGAUCGGCUUCCCCGGGAGCUUGUGGCUCCCGCGAUCGCUAGCAACGUACGGGAGAAGUGCCUCGAAGAACCGCUCGGCGGUGGCGGCAUUGGCGUUGAUAAACCCGUCAGUGGGCCACCCGACCUGGGUGAUGAUGAAAUCGACAUCGCCGUACCCGAGCUUCUCGAGGGCCCACGCGAACGCGUCGUACGCAACCUCGAACACGUCAGUGUAGACAGCGUCGCCGACGUCGGUUAUGGCGUGGGACGAGCGCCCGUCGGCUAUGGCGAAGCUGAGGUCGGUGAUGUUGAGGACGCGCAUGAGCUCGACCAGGAAGAACUCGAUGCAAACGGGGGCACCGCUUGCCCGGAUGAUGUCGAGGUGCCUCACGAACUGGGUCCGGAAUGA